AUGCCGGCCAUGCGAAGAAGCUACGUCGAUCGAUCGGAUACACUCGACCCCAGGGACUAUAAAAUAGCCUGGAUAGCUCCACUCGAGAUCGAAGCUAGGGCUGCCAUAUGUUUACUAGACGAACGACACCGCGGCCGGUUUCCUGUCAACCGUGGCGAUGAUUACGUGUUUCAGGCGGGUUCCAUGGGCGACCAUAACAUUAUCAUCGCAACUCUGCCAGCAGGUCAGGAAUACGGCACGGGCUCCGCGGCUGCACUGGCAAGCCAGGUGAAGAAAAUUUUCCCCAACCUCUGGUUUGGCUUGCUCGUCGGUGUGGCAGCGGGACUCCCUGACCUUUCCCGUGUCCCUGAGCGCGAUAUACGGCUCGGUGACGUGCUUGUAGGACUCGCUGACGGCGAAAGCGCGGGACUGGUCCCGUAUGACCUCGGCAAAGAAACGGAAGACGGGUUUCAACCCCUCCGACUUGGCCACAGCCUUGCCACGACUGAACCAAUUGUACGAGCAGCCAUAGGUAGCAUCAAGCUCGAGGCGCCAUACGACACAGAGAAGCUUUUACCAUUUUACGAGAAAAUACGCCACUGUGAGCAUGCAACUGGCACAUUUUCCGAUCCAGGGCAAGACAACGACACAUUAUACCUUGUUUGCAACGGUGGACAAGAGGAGGUCGUUGAACGUUCCCCACGAUCAACACCAGACUAUCGACGCACUCGAGUGUGGUAUGGCCCAAUCGGAUCAGGGGACAAGCUAUUAAAGAACGCAGAAAGGCGAAAUGAGCUGAGGGACAGAUAUGGCAUUAUUGGUUUAGAAAUGGAAGCGGCAGGAACAAUGAACCGAAUUCCUGUGGGCGUCAUUCGGGGAGUAUGCGACUACGGCGAUCGGCAUAAAAACAAAAAUUGGCAGCCGUAUGCGGCAGCGAUGGCGGCUUCAUAUGCUAGAGCAUUGCUCGAUGAGAUUCGCUCGAAUGACAAGACAGUAGAUUUGACUGUCGCUCACGAUACAUUAGAGAAGACUUCUAGAUCAUGUUAUUAUAUCCCGUUCACCAGAAACACACGCUUCACUGGUCGCACAUCCAUCUUGAACGCUUUAGAAGACAAGUUCUUCGGUCAGGACCCGAGCCAGAGGAUGUCACUCGUCGGGCUUGGUGGGGUCGGUAAGACUCAAAUCGCGUUGCGUUUUGCCUAUCAGAUCAAGGACCACCGACCAGACUAUUCGAUCUUCUGGGUGCCAGUUCUGAGCGAUGAAACUGCAGAACGUGCUUACGGGGACAUUGCAAAAAUGCUUGGGUUGCAGGAGAGGAGCGAAGACGAUGAUGUGAAGAAUCUAGUCUGCCAAUACCUCAGCUCCGAUGAAGCUGGCAAGUGGCUGCUAAUUGUGGAUAAUGCCGAUGAUGAGGAGCUUAUUCUUGGAUCUGCUGAAAAGCCAGGGCUGGAAGGGUUUUUGCCCCAAAGAGAAGACGUUAUCAUAUUGUUGACGACGCGGUCUGGGCAAGUCGCUGAGGCUUUCGCGCAAUCCGAUGUGAUUGAUAUCGAACAAAUGGACCAGAAAGAAUCAAUGGUGCUCUUGGAAAAGUCUCUGGUGCGAAAACAGCUCCUUCAGGACGAAACAUCAGUCAUCAAGCUGCUCACAUAUUUGACCUUUCUCCCACUGGCCAUUACGCAGGCUGCCGCAUACCUCAAUCAAACCAGAGCGCCCAUACGGACAUAUUUAGGGCUCUUACAAAAUGCCGAGCACAAAGAUCCGAGCGUUCUUGACAGGGAGUUCAGAGACAAUACCCGAUACAAGGGUUCCCAGAAUGCAAUAGGAACAACAUGGAUUGUGUCUUUCCACCAGAUCCAAAAGUCGGACCAACUUGCUGUUGAUCUUUUAUCAUUCAUCUCUUACAUCGAGCCAAAGGAGAUUCCCCAGUCAAUACUGCCUGGUGCAGAGGGUGACGAGUUGGAAUGGGCUAUCGGUACACUUUGCAGCUACUCUUUUCUGGUUCGUAGGGAGGAGAGCGAUGUAUUCGAUAUGCACAGCCUUGUGCACACGGCAACACGAGGUUGGCUUAAGAAGCAGGAUCGAGAGAGAGAAGCUUCGAACGCUGCAAUACGCCACAUUGCAGCGAGGUUUCCUGUAAUAAUCGAUGCUCACUAUGGCCAAAGGAGGGAGUAUCUGCCACAUGCAAUGCGGCUGCUAAAUCAAAACCACGAGGAUAAAACAUCAGAAGUUUUUCGGCUUUUUCAGAAGGUUGGAAACACCUUCUAUGCAGACAGACGAUUCAAAGAAGCGAUAAGAUGUUUUGAGGAGGUAUAUCGGUGGAGACAGGACCGUUGUUAUGAAACAGACCAUGAUCGACUAUGCUCAGAGCACGACCUUGCAAGAGCAUACCUUAAUAACCGACGAAUUGAGGAUGCGAUUACGAUUAUUGAGCACGUGGUAAAUGUUAAGAAAAAGACGCUAGACGAGAAGAACCAUUCUCGACUAGCCUCAGAGCACGUACUAGCAAGCGCAUACCUCGAUAACCGACGAAUCAAGGAUGCAAUUACGAUCCUUGAGCACGUGAGCACGUACUGGCAAGCGCAUAUCUCAAUGACCAACGAAUUGAGGAUGCGAUUGUGA